AUGUUGCGAUUUUUUUCAUUUAUAGUGGUCACAUGCUUUUUCUACUAUUCUAAAAGUCAGGGUCUAUCCGCUCUUGUUGCGGCGGUUGGAUUUGGUAUAGCAGGGUAUUUCGCUACAGAUUGGUUAAUUCCACGAGUGGGAAAAUCCUUCAUCAAAAUAGGCCUAUUUGGUAAAGAUUUAAGUAAACCUGGUCGUCCUGUGCUUCCAGAAACAAUUGGAGCUAUUCCUGCUGGAGUUUACUUAUUUGUUAUGUUCAUUUAUAUACCGUUCAUUUUCUACAAGUAUAUGGUCAUUACCACUUCAGGCGGCGGUCAUCGUGAUGUAUCAGUGAUUGAAGGUAAGGAUAUGGACUCUACUAUUUUUCCUCAUGACAAAUUAUCCGAAUAUUUGAGCGCUAUCCUCUGCUUGGAAAGUACGGUUCUCUUGGGUGUCGCGGAUGAUUUAUUUGAUUUGCGUUGGAGACACAAGUUUUUCCUACCUGCUAUAGCGGCUAUACCAUUGUUAAUGGUUUAUUAUGUGGAUUUUGGCGUCACACAUGUGCUUAUUCCAGGGUUUAUGGAGCACUGGUUGAAAAAGACUAGCGUUGAUCUAGGGUUAUGGUAUUAUGUUUAUAUGGCCGCAAUGGCGAUUUUUUGCCCUAACUCUAUCAACAUCUUAGCCGGCGUUAAUGGUCUAGAGGUCGGCCAGUGUAUAGUGUUAGCCGUUUUAGCAUUAUUGAACGAUUUAUUGUAUUUUUCAAUGGGCCCAUUAGCCACAAGGGACUCCCAUAGAUUUUCUGCUGUUUUGAUUAUCCCUUUCUUGGGUGUAUCUCUGGCGCUAUGGAAGUGGAACCGUUGGCCUGCUACAGUGUUUGUGGGUGACACAUAUUGCUAUUUCGCUGGUAUGGUGUUUGCAGUGGUUGGGAUAUUAGGGCAUUUUUCUAAGACGAUGCUCUUGUUAUUCAUUCCUCAAAUUGUUAAUUUUAUUUAUUCUUGUCCUCAAUUAUUCAAGCUGGUACCUUGCCCAAGACACAGGUUGCCUAAAUUUAACGAAACGGAUGGUUUGAUGUAUCCGUCAAGAACAAAUUUAAAGGAAGAACCACCAAAGUCCUUUUUCAAACCAAUCUUGAAGUUACUUUACUGCCUUAAUUUGAUCGACGUAGAAGUUGAUGAAAAUAAUGAAAUGAUAAGCAUUUCUAAUAUGACGCUGAUAAACUUGGCAUUGGUAUGGUUUGGACCCAUGAGGGAAGACAAAUUGUGUAAUACGAUCUUGCAGUUGCAAUUCUGUAUUGGGGUCUUAGCUUUGAUAGGGAGACAUGCAAUAGGUGCUAUACUUUUUGGGCACGACAAUCUAUGGACUGUACGUUAA